CGCCGCCGUGUUUCCUUUGCCGCUUUGUUUUCCUCACCCACGGAACACCACGCUGGUCCCCUCCCAGAGUGACGACCGCGACCCACUAUGAACUCCAUGAUCCGGGGUGCCGUGACUUCACGGCGCUUCGUCUUCGCCGCCGUCACCGUUAUUCUUAUUGUAUUGUUCUUCAACGCCAUUCCCUCGGGGUACGGUUACCUCGACUCCAAACCAGAGGUCCCCAAACAAGGGACCGCUCCACCUAAACCACCGCCCGAGAACGCAGCAUCAUCAUCACUAGCAUCAUCAGCAUCAUCACCACUCGCGCAGCCCUCAACACUCGCCGAAUCCCCUCAACCCUCCAAACAGGCACCAGCCUCUCCCUCGACCGCCCCCUCUUCCUCCUCUUCCUCCUCCCCCGCCUCGCCCUCCUCGACCCCCUCCGCGAAGAAGCCCGACAAUGAGCUCUCCAAAACCGCCAUCCUCGCCUCCCUCCAAAAAGAAGACACAACCUGGCUCUCCGCUUUCCACCCGGAAGUCGCCGCCGCCAUCUACGUCGUCGACAACACGACCGCCCCCUACACGGUUCCCAAAAACAAGGGCCACGAGGGCAUGGUCUACCUGACCUACAUCAUCGACCACUACACCGCCCUGCCCGAUGUCAUGGUCUUCCUGCACGCCCACCGCUACGCCUGGCACAACCCGGACCUGCUGGGCAGCGACGCCGCCGAGAUCAUCGACAAGAUCAGCGCGCCGUACGUGCAGCGCAUGGGCUACGUCAACGUGCGCUGCCACUGGGACCCAGGCUGCCCGACGUGGAUGCACCCGCUGGCGCCCGAGACGGAGCGCACCGACGUCUUCAAGCCCGAGGAGGUCGAGCUGGCCAAGGCCUUCCGCGAGAUCUUCCCGGGAGAGGAGGUGCCCGAGAUCCUGGCGCAGCCGUGCUGUGCGCAGUUUGCGCUGUCGGGCGACCAGGCGCGCAAGAUUAGCUUGGAGCGGUAUACGGCGGUGCGGCAGUGGUUGUUGGAUACGGAGCUGGACGAUGCGAUUUCCGGGCGCAUUUGGGAGUAUUUGUGGCAGUAUUUGUUCACCGGGAAGCCGAUUAGCUGUCCGCGCAUGGAUUUGUGCUAUUGCGAUGGGUUUGGGGUGUGUUUUGGGGGCGACAAGGGGAAGAGUGGGGAGCAGGGGAUGAAUGAGUUUUGGCAUCUGAGGAAUGAGAAAAAUAAGCUGCAGGCGGCGUUGGGGCAGAUCGUGGAUGAGAAGGAGGAUGAGGAUGGGAAGAAGAUAACGCCCGUGCUGACGGAUGCCGAGAAGCAUAUUGUGAAGGAUCUGGAGGCACAGAUUAAGGAUUUUGAGGAUCAGUUGAAUGAGAGGUUGAAGAAGGCGAAGAAGAGGGGGACAGAUCCGAAAUUGAGGGCUGAGGAUUGUGGGAGGGAUUGGAAAAAGGGGGAUGGGUUCUAGAUGAGAUGUUCGAGAAGAUAGGGAAGAGAAGAUGUCUUGCAUAUGGACGGCGUUCGGGUAUGGGCGUCGGAUCUGAAGAGUAUGUGUGCAUAUAAUGUUGCAUAUGGUUGGAAAAUCAUGAGUGUAUUUGACAGGUGCGCCUGUAUUGUAUAGUUCUAUAUCUACUGAGUAAAUGUACAGCAUAUUACGGCA